UAUAGAAAAAUUAACAUGAAAUUGAUAUUUACGUCAUUUGGAGAUUUACCGUGAUUACCGUUUCAACAAUAUGGCUGCCCCCAUGAACGAGGAAUGUGACUGCAGUGAUUUUAUGAAAUUUCAGGAGGGUCUGAAGGCUAUGCGUAUGGUUGACGAUAGGAUAAUACAUGGUUUGAACACUGCAAUACCCACCAAAUUAUUUGCACAGAAAGUAGAUGUAACAGAAACAUGUAAAAAUCUUUAUGAAGAGAUUAUUAAAUCACACCAGGGAAGAGAGCGAGCGAUACGUAAAUGUGUAAAUGAAGCAGCAAUUAGUGUCAAAGAAUUAAGUAAACAACGUGAUAAUGACAUGGACAAUAUGGAGUUGCUAAAAGACUUACGGAAAUCGCAAACAAAGUUGCGGCUAAUGAAAUCAGAAUUUUAUGUAGAUGAAGUUGUGAAUGACAGAACAUUUAAAGCUUUUUACGAGCGUUGUGGAACAGCAUACAAGUUUCCAAACAAACCUAUACUGUGAAGAUUGUGAUAGACUUUCUUAAUGGCAAUUGUGUGUAAGGUGUUUAUUUGCUGGAGGAACUUUUGAAAGAGAGUUUUAGAAUCAAUACAUUGAUAAAGAUUUAUUGUAUUCAUACACUGUGAUUUGUUUUAUAGGGAACAAGAGUACAUAUAUAUGUUUUAAAUCAGGACAGUUGUCUGAUAAAUAAUUGUACUUUACAUGGUACAGUAUUCUACGUUAUGUAAUGCAGAGUUAUCUGCCCUUGUGAGCAAGUAUUGAUUGUUUCGUCAUUUGUUUGUGAGAUUAAUGUCACGAAAUUGUGAGAAAUCAACAUAAUUUUCUUACACUAAGAAUGUAUCGUCAAUAAUACCUGUUCACAAGGGCAGAUAACUGCAUUAAGAUACGACAGAAAAAUAACAAUUAAGUAAUGUAUACAUGUGUGUGAUGGGAUGGCAAAUGACUAGAUCAUUGUUUUAAAGUAACAAAUGAUGAAUCCUCAAUUGUAAAGAGAGUUGGGUUGCUGAUUUUUGACAGUGACAAGUCUCACAAAAAACAUGUGCUUCAACCACAAAACAUGCUUCUAGGUUUGUUAAAUACUUUACCUUAAAUUAACUUUUAACUGGACCCUAUAAGUGAACGGUUAUGUUUUUGACAAUCAAAACCCUAACAGGUGUCAUAGUUCAUUAACAAUUUCCAGUUGAUCAGACUUUAUUUGAAAAUGUAAUACAGGUGUAUUAUUUAUGUUUGAAUUAUAGCACAAAAAUGUAAGUACAAUGAAUAUUUACACAAAUACAAUAUUUCCUGCCGUAAGCCUUGGGUCCAUUAUUUAACCUCUGACAUAAAGGCAUGGAGUGGGCAGCAUUGUACCUGUAGGUAGCAGUAUGAUAUUAGGCAUCAAAAUUAAGUCUCUGACCUCAAUUUGCCAUUUGACCUUGACCUUAAGUAUCAUAAUAUAAGUUUACAUAUCAGAGCCAAAGUCCUGUGUGGAUUUGGUAUGUUUAUCAUCACGAGACCAUUUUGUAUUGCGCACCAAAUGGGGAGCACUGCAUUUGUUCUAACAAAAUACAAGUCUCGUUUAUCAACCAAAGUCCUUGCAUGCAAAUGUGCAAGACAUUUUGAAAAGUCGAUUAGGUUUUUUGCCCACCCAUUUAUCAUUUUCUACACAAGAUACAGUUAAUCUGAUGUGUUAAGCCAUUACAAGUUGAGUACAUUACAAUUUUCUGUGGAAGUUUUAUUGUUAUGGAACAAGUUCUGCAGAUACAUUACAUUGUCAGUCAUCAUGUGUGCUGAAACAAAAAUAUAUUUGUUUUGAUUAAAUUGAUUUAUACUGUA